GACUAAUACCUCGCAUUAAUUCAUUUGUGAUUGGCAUAGCAACGUUUAAUAUGACUGAGCUGAGUGCUGCAGAUGUUGCAUCAUACAUGUCAUAAAUAAGUCAUUAAUCCGGAUCUUGCAAUCCACACAAGCACUACAUAAUUUGGCCUUUCUUUCCAGUUAGUCCACCAUGGGAUGCGGCUCGUCUAACGCGGCCGUCAGCUACCAGUCUGACAUCAACACGAUGUGGGACCAGGUCAGCCGGACCAUCGACAUCCAGCGCAACAAGGACAAGAGCCUGGUCAUCCGACGGUCUGGAUGGAAGACAGUCAGGAUCUUUGUAUCCUCGACGUUCCGGGACUUUCACGCCGAGCGAGAAAUAUUAGUCAAAGAGGUGUUUCCCGAUCUGCGUGUAUGGUGUGAGAAAAGGAGACUCCAUCUUGUCGACUGUGACCUCAGAUGGGGAGUUCCAAAGGACACCACAACAGAAGAGACGCUGCGAACAUGUCUGGGAGAGAUUGACAGGUGUUACCAAGACAACGUUAUGCCGUUCUUCCUCAAUUUGACAAGCCCUACUCUUUUCCCAGCUUCAUGUUUUUCAGGAACCAGUGAAGGUGAGCGUUGCGGCUGGAUUCCUAAUCAAAGCGAGGUCCCAGAAUCCAUUGCGGCAGACUACCGCUGGGUCCACGGAUUGUCCGUCACCGAGAUGGAGAUCAUGCAUGGCGCAUACAGAAAGGACAACUUCAAUUCCCUCUUUAUGAUCCGAGAUUCAGGAUUCUUGGAGAGCGUUCCUGAGAAGCAUCACAAGGACUUUGUGGACGUCAACCCCAUCGCUCCAGCCAAGUUGAAGAUGUUGAAACAGAUGUUGAAAGACCGCUUUGGGCGCGACCAAGUGCAUUUCUACAAGUGUGAAUAUGACGGAAUGAAUGACCAAGGCAAGGUGGAGUUCAAGGGACUUGAUAAGGCGUUAGGAGCUACUGUGUUUAAGCACUUCAAGCAGAUGAUCAGUAAGCAGUACCCCUUAGAGGAUUCCAAUUUAGAUCCCUUCCAGCAAGCCAAGGAGGCCCAUGAGUCUUUCAUGAAGAAUCGCAGUGUUUCUGUGCUGGGUCGCACGGACAUAUUGGAGCAGAUCAAGGAGCAUGUGGUAGGGGUAGGCGUGGAGGUACCUUUGUUGCUUCUAGGUGGUCCAGGCACAGGCAAAUCCUCCAUCAUGGCUAGGGUGUCCGACGUGACUGUCUCCAAGGCUCUCACUAAAGAAAUACCAGGAGGUGGGACACAGGGCUGGCACGUCUUCUACCAUUUUGUCGGAGCUGUUCCUGGCUCGCCAAAUCUGGAAGCCACACUGAAACGCCUCUUGAAAGAACUGGGUGCGGUCAAUGAAACCACCAUGCCUAAGGAUUUGGAGACGGCCUGUCAGCUCACCUACGCAACUCUAUCCAAUCCCAACACCCGACCUCUGAUUAUUGUCAUUGAUGCUCUCAAUCAGUUUGAUGAAUCCAAGGAGUCCACCAUUCUGAACUGGCUGCCCAACAAGCUGAGUCCCCAGGUUCGCUGUAUAUUCUCCAUGAUUGAUGAGACGCCGCAGCACAAGACCCUACGCUCACGACCCAACAAACCUACUGAAGUCUACGUCACGCCCCUGGACAUGACUUCAAGGGAGGCAAUCGUCAAGGAGACCCUGGGUAAAUACCAGAAGCGUCUGGACGCCCAGCAGAUGGCCAGCCUACUCAGUAAGGACUCUUCCCAGAAUCCUCUGUGGCUGUCGGUAGCUUGCGAAGAGCUCCGAGUCUUUGGCUCGUUUGAGUCGCUGUCGGACAAGAUCAAUGGCUUGGCAGACGGCUUGCUCAAUUUAUUGGAGCAAAUCCUGACACGUUUUGAGCAGGAGAACGGUGGGGAGAUGCUGGUAGCGACCCUGUGUCUGCUGGAGUGCUCGUGCCACGGUCUGCUCGAGACAGAACUGCUCUCCAUCCUAGGAGACGAGGAUAACCUGAUGCCCCCCAAGGAAAGCUCAGGGAAGGAGAAAGGAGAAAAGGAGUCCAGGGAAAAAGGGGCGUCCGAUAUCGGCCCACUGUCGGCCCACAAGUGGGCUCGGGUGUUCCGCGCCCUGAAGCCGUUCCUACGGCCGUUCGGCGACAGCGGGGAAGGCAGACUGGAUUUCUAUCAUCGCUCCCUCAGCAAAGCUGUCAGGGCUAAGUACUUCAGCGGUCAAACAGGGAAUAACGCAGGCCACUCAGUUGACAGGUUGUACCAAUGGUGGCACAGCAAACUAGCCAACUAUUUUGAGAAGGUUGCGAACCUAGAGCGCAAGGCGGAGGAGUAUCCCCACCACCUGAUCAAGAUCAAUGACAAGAAGCGAUUGGUGGACUUCCUUCUGGACUGGAAGGUGUUCAAUCACUACUUCAAGGAGGACUUCAGCGGAGAACUGCUCUCCUUCUGGCGACAGGCUGCAGAUAGCAUGGCUGAGAUGGAGAAGCUUUACGUAGCCCAGGUCGAGAAACUCACUGAUGACCCUACCAUGAAUGAGGAAGACCUCAGUCUGCUCUACGAGAAAGUCGGAAGAGUUCUUAUGCAGGCUGGUCAGCUGGAGACUUGCUUCUCCUUGUUGGAGAAGUCAAUGGAGAUUGAGAGCCGGUUGGGCCAGCGUCGGGAACGGAUGCUGAUCCUGUACGACCUGAUAGCCAGCAUGCACAAUGAGAGAUUGGUAUUACACGACUACAUGACCAGGAAAAUGAUGCCCGACUUGAAGCCGGCUAUUCAGUACCGACAGAAAUCACUGGAACUCGGCAAAGACUUGACAGAAGAUCGCUUCAAGUUUAUGCGGGCCUUUUCUCUGAUGAAGCUGGCGUUCAACUUGCGUACCUGGAUCUUCUUGAGGGGAGACAACAGUCUCUCUGCAUCAGAAGCAACCGACUUGGGAUUUGACAGUCUGAAAGAAGCCAAGGAGAUCUUUUAUGAGUUGGAUGACAAGGCACAUGUGGCUGAAUGCAUCAUGAAUGAAGCUAUGCUGAAGAGUGACGAUCACAGAGAAAAAGCCCUAGAAAUGUACAAUGAGGCUGAGGCGCUGUGCUACCAGGCCUGUGGAGAGAUGAGCGUCCUGACUAGUCGUAUCGUCAUUAAUAAGGCCAUACUGCUGGAAGAAAUGGGCAAGUUGGAAGAAUCCUACGACUAUUUCUACCUCGGCUUAGUCAUCAAAACUCAGGUCUUUGGUCCAGAGCAUCCACAGACCAUGCGUGUCAUACGGACCCUUGAUGAACCGACAUUCAAACGGAUCAAGCAAAGGCGGGACAGAGAAGCAAGCAAGACUUAAAGAGCACCAGACUUCCAACCCCUUUUCACAGUGCGACAUCUUGGUAUAGUACCCUGAAAGCAUGGUAGGAUAUCACAUGCAGUGGGAUUCCCCCAUUUAUUGGUACCAGCCUGUUGUUUACUUCGGAGGCUGAUAGACUUGUGUUAAAACUGUUUCCUCUUGAGUCUGGUAACUCACCUUCCCUAAAUAGAUUAUUGGCCAUUUUCGGUUGUAAAUUUGUAAAGAACGUACAAGAUUUGGGUCACAAAUUACAAUUUUAUUUUGACAGUAUUAUAUUGCAACACAUGUACCAAAGUAAAAGAGGGUUGUUUUUUUUUGAAGGUCCGUCCAUAUUCUUUAUCUCUGGCGAAAUAGGUGGAAAAAUCUAAAUAUGUAAGAAUUUCUUUGGUCCAGUAUUUCAAGCUGCUCUAAAUUGAGUUAUAUUCCAAAUUGCACAGCAGUUCUCAGUAAGUAAAGCUUAAUCAUGUUACGAAUGUUUUUAAAUUCAAAAGGUGAAGUUAACCCAUGAUCUAUCCUUGAUAUUCAGAUAUUAACCCAUCAAAUAUCACACGCUGUUUGGACAUGUUUUUUUCCCCAAAAGCUAAGAACUUGUAAAUUCUGUAACUAUUAUAGACUUCUUCACUGUAGCUCGAUGUAUGUGUAAUUCUAUUUUACCUGUGGCAUAUGAUCACCUUGAAACAUUUCCUCAACUAAUUUGUUUGCUCAUUUUCUUUUAACAGAAAUGUGCCUUAUGAGUUUGUCGCAAGUGUUAUUAAAUUCAAUAUCAAAUCAAAAUCUUGUGCAUUUUUAGGCGAGACGUUCAUAAUAUAUUUUUUGUUCAGUGAUGUUUUACAGUUACUUAUGUUUAGUUUUUAUAGAGUGUAUUUAAGUGAAUUUUGAUCUGUAUAUGAGAGUCCUAAUGAUAUAGAAAUGUAGUUGUACAGUUUUUUACUUCUUUUUUGCUCCUCUUUUUUUGUUGUUGUUUGUUUUUUGGAGAAAAGAAACCAAAAGUUUCGAUACUUUACCAUGCAAAGCCUAAAAUGUUAUAAAAAAAAUUUUAAAACGCCCCUCAAAGCAUAGCAAGAGAUACCAAAUGUUGUUGAAUAGGGCUCGCUUAAUGGCGGCCAUCUCUGUAGGAGAACUGCAACUGCGUAUUUUACGCCACCAAGCAUGCAUUGCGCAGUGUUGAAAAUGUUCCAAACACGCGCGCUCAUUGCUUAAAAUGUGUUCGACAUACGAUGCAGCCGAUGCGAAUGGAGCAAGUUGAUGCUCAAAAUGCCGAUGCACUGUAGGACGUCUGUAGGAAAUGACGUCAUUUGAACGAGACCUACCGCACAUAGUAGUCUAUGUAAAACACUUUGGAAUAUUUUUUAAGACAAAAGCGUUAUCAGGAUGUAGCUUGACAUAAAAGUAAUGAAUGUGAGUGCAAUGGUAAGAAUAAUUUCAUGAGGUGACCUAUGGAAUGUUCCAUUCAUUAUCUUAUGUAACACCUGAAGAAAUCCUUGUCAUCUGAUUGGUCAGAGCCACAAUAGUGUGACCUUGCAGGGAAGUUCUAUUUACCCUGGGAAGGAGCUUCUAUUUUUUUGCGGUGUGGUCGCGCCGUGCAUUGGGACGAGUAAAAUUCAAUGACAUGUGAUCAACGACCCACCAAUCAGACAACAGGGAUUUAUUCAGGCGUUAUAUGAACUGCAUUAUAAGCACAUCAGUUCUUAAUUUUAGACUAGUACUAAGACAAAGUGACUGUAAACUUGGUUAUAUUUAAAACUAUCAACAGCAGGUUUCCUUAAACGUUUAAUAUUUAAGCAAUAAUCAUUGAAAUGACCAAACUCGCAGUAUUUUCAUACGAGCAGAAUUAUUUUAAAAGUUAGCAUCGAAUAGCAUAAUCGGAAAGUGUAUAGUCAUCAAUAUUAUAUAACAUUGAGUGCUGUGUAAGUGUGAUUUUGAAUUAUAUAGAACUAACUGUACCUUGUUUUAGAUGACAAGAUUAUUUUUAAGUGCAAGAUGAACAUGUGUAAUAAGAGCUCUCAAGUAUAGCAACCUCCAAAAAAUAUGAACUUUUUUUUGUUUACGCAAAUCUCAAAAUAAGUGAAAUAAGUGAGGUUUACCUUUUAAGGUAAGACGUACUGCAAACUCCUUCGGGAAUUUUUAACAUCUGAAAACCGAUCUCAAAAACCGAAUUAUGAGAAAUGUCUUUAAUGUAAAGUUAGUUGUAUAGAUUGAUAACGAGAUGAAUAAUUUAGGAAUAUGUACAGUACUAAUGCUACACAAGAAAAACGCAGCUUGAAAUGUCUGUCACAUGGUUCUCGGGUAAGUACGGCAAUACGUUUCUUUAUACUAGCUAUAUUGGUGAUUAAGAAGAGAUUUAGGCCCAGGCCUACAUCAAAUAGAUUGUACAUGUACUAUACACUGUGAGUCAGAAAAUAUUACAAAGUUAUGUGGCUCGCUCCAUUGAAUAAAAAACAACAACAUAGGAAUAAAG